UAAUGUGAGCCUGCUGCUCAGGUGGGCUCAGAUCGAGGGCUCAGGGAUCCAAAAAGCCGGCCGCAUUCCUCGGGCAGGCGCCUGGGCGGCCGCUGCGACGCUCCCUUGCCCGGCCCUGCUGGGCAGCCGCCGUGGUUCCCCUGGCAUGUGGGAGUAGCUGGAUAAGAGGUCGAGGUCUCCCGGGCGGCGGGGCUUGGGGGAACCAGAUUUCAGCUUUUUGCUUUUCCGUUCUCAAGCCAAGUCACCAUUGUGCAAGUUGAUGGUCAAUACUGAGGGAUAUGGGUCCAUUUCAGUGACAGUGGCCACCCCCACUCUUAUACCCAUAAAGCUCCCUUCCCAGCCAGGGCAUUGUGCUUGCACAAAGGGAGACUGGACUGGAGUGGGUGGUCCCGGGUUGGAAUCUUCGCUCCUUUGACCCUCUGUUUCCUCCUCAGUAGCACAGGUACUGUACACCACAGCCUACAGCCUACCUGCUGCCCCCACAAGGCUGAGGUUCUGAAGAUCAAAAGAGAGGGUCUUUUAGAGUGACACUGAGAACGGUAACGCUGCUGCCUUUUCAUGAUCAACAUGGCGGACUCCAGCGCAGAUACCGGCGCCACCACAUCUGAGGCAGUGGCUGAAGAAGUGUCUCUUUUCAGCAUGAUGGACGUAGUUCUGUUUUCACUCAUCGUGGGUCUCCUAACCUAUUGGUUCCUCUUUAGAAAGAAAAAAGAAGAAAUCCCUGAGUUCACCAAAAUUCAAGUCACGACCUCCUCUGUCAAAGAGAGCAGCUUCGUGGAAAAGAUGAAGAAGACGGGGAGGAACAUCGUUGUGUUCUAUGGCUCCCAGACGGGCACCGCUGAGGAAUUUGCCAACCGCUUGUCCAAGGACGCACACCGCUAUGGGAUGCGGGGCAUGGCAGCCGACCCCGAGGAGUACGACCUGGCUGACCUGAAUAGCCUGCCAGAGAUAGACAACUCCCUGGCAAUUUUCUGCAUGGCAACCUACGGUGAGGGCGACCCCACCGACAACGCCCAGGACUUCUAUGACUGGCUCCAGGAGACAGAUGUGGACCUCUCUGGGGUCAAGUAUGCGGUGUUUGGCCUCGGGAACAAGACCUACGAGCACUUCAAUGCCAUGGGCAAGUACGUGGACAAGCGGCUGGAGCAACUGGGUGCCCAGCGGAUCUUCGAGCUGGGAAUGGGAGACGACGACGCGAACUUGGAGGAGGAUUUCAUCACGUGGAGAGAGCAGUUCUGGCCAGCAGUGUGCGAGCACUUUGGAGUGGAAGCCACUGGAGAGGAGUCCAGCAUUCGCCAGUACGAGCUCGUGCUCCACAAAGACAUGGACGUGGCCAAACUGUACACGGGCGAGAUAGGCCGCCUGAAGAGCUACGAGAACCAGAAGCCCCCCUUUGAUGCCAAAAAUCCAUUCUUGGCUGAAGUUACCACCAACCGGAAACUGAACCAGGGGACUGAGCGGCACCUCAUGCACCUGGAAUUAGACAUCUCAGAUUCCAAAAUCAGGUAUGAAUCUGGGGACCACGUUGCUGUUUACCCAGCCAAUGACUCUACCCUCGUCAACCAGCUCGGGGAGAUCCUGGGUGCUGACCUGGACAUCAUCAUGUCCCUGAAAAAUCUCGAUGAGGAGUCCAACAAGAAGCACCCGUUCCCCUGCCCCACCACCUACCGCACGGCACUCACCUACUACCUGGACAUCACCAACCCACCCCGCACCAACGUGCUCUACGAGCUGGCCCAGUAUGCCUCAGAGCCCACCGAGCAGGAGCACCUGCGCAAGAUGGCCUCAUCCUCGGGCGAGGGCAAGGAGCUGUACCUGAGCUGGGUGGUGGAGGCCCGGAGGCACAUCCUGGCCAUCCUGCAGGACUACCCGUCCCUGCGGCCCCCCAUCGACCACCUGUGUGAGCUGCUGCCUCGGCUGCAGGCCCGCUACUACUCCAUUGCCUCAUCCUCCAAGGUGCACCCCAACGCCGUGCACAUCUGUGCCGUGGCCGUGGAGUAUGAGACCAAAUCCGGCCGCAUCAACAAGGGCGUGGCCACCAGCUGGCUGCGGGCAAAGGAGCCGGCGGGGGAGAACGGCCGCCGGGCCCUGGUGCCAAUGUUCGUGCGCAAGUCCCAGUUCCGCCUACCCUUCAAGCCCACCACGCCUGUCAUCAUGGUGGGCCCCGGCACUGGGGUGGCCCCCUUUAUCGGUUUCAUCCAGGAGCGGGCCUGGUUGCAGAAGCAAGGCAAGGAGGUGGCGGAGACGCUGCUGUACUACGGCUGCCGCCGGUCCGACGAGGACUACCUGUACCGCGAGGAGCUGGCCGGGUUCCACAAGGACGGCGCCCUCACCCAGCUCAACGUGGCCUUCUCCCGCGAGCAGCCUCACAAGGUUUACGUGCAGCAUUUACUGAAGAGAGACAAGGAGCACCUGUGGAAACUGAUCCACGAGGGAGGCGCCCACAUCUACGUGUGUGGGGAUGCUCGGAACAUGGCCCGAGACGUGCAGAACACCUUCUGCGACAUCGUGGCUGAGCUGGGGGCCAUGGAGCACGCCCAGGCCGUGGACUACAUCAAGAAGCUGAUGACCAAGGGCCGCUACUCCCUGGACGUGUGGAGCUAGGAGCUGCUGGCCUACCUGCCCCUCGCCCCCUACAGGCUCCCUGCCCGUGUAAUCACUUUCCUCUCUUCCAGGCUCCUGGGGGGCUUCGGCCGGGCCUUGCCACAGGAGGCCCAGUUCAGACUCCUCCAGGCCGAGAUGUGCCCUUCUCAGUCCACACAGCCGGGCCAGCUCGGCCAUCCUCAGGCAGCCCAGCCCCAGGGCACAUGGCCCAGGGCCGCGGGGCCUGCACUCUCUGGACGCCUCAGGCCCCGGUGGUUGCCAUGGAGGGGCCCCUCCACAUGAUUUUCAAUGAGUGUAAAUAAUUUUAAAUAACCUCUGGCCCUUGGAAUAAAAUUCUGUUUUCUGUA